GUUUUAUGGUAAUAACGUGAAAUAUGGAUGAUUAUAUAAGGAUAUGUGUGAUGUGAAAGGACAGAAAUGCCCUUGUUUCCUAAUUGUGUUAAUUUUUAGCUAUGAGGACAAAAUGGUAAUUUGACCAAAAAUUAGUAAAUGAGGUAUACUUAUUCUUUCAGAAAAAUUAAAAUCAAAACACCAUUUUUUUCUGGUUUUGAAACCCUCCCUCACCAACCCUCUCUCUCUAUUCCAUCUUUGAAAUUUCUUGUGAUUUUUGAGGAAUUUGUGGAAAUUAAAGAGGAUUUUGAAUUGUGGAAUUGUGUUUAAGUUUUGGAAGGAUCGUUUGAGGAUUUUGACAAGGAUUACCAGCAUUUACUCGAGAGCACUCGUAAAUUUGGAAUUCUCCUCACACUUUGGAAUUUAGCCAAGGGUAAAGUAGUGUCAGGCUAGCCAUGAAUUCGAGAGUUUUGAUGGUGAAUCGUACAUAUUCCGUCCAAGCUAGAUCACGAGAGUUGGGUCCAAUAGGGAGAUUGUAUAGAAAUCUUAGUUUUACCGCUUAGGUCGGCUUGUAUGUAAACAACUUGUAAUAUUUUGAAAAGAAUUUUACAGGAUCACAGACAUGUAAUUAAAUUAUUUUGUUUUGAAUUAAAGAUUGUUAUUAUUAUUACAAGUUGUUUUGUUAUUUAAGUUAAAUUAUUUUUAUUCACUUGGCUUAUUGGACCCCAAUUAAUGGGAUUAGUAAAAUGUAAUCACAACACUUGGCGUUCCUUUAAUUAAGACGUUACAACUACUUCCUUGGAAUUCAAGUACAUCAUUUUGUUGAUGGUCAACAUUUGUGUCAAAAGAAGUACAUCAUGGAUCUUUUUGUUGUUCAAAAAUUGAUUGUGCUAAUUCUCUUCCCAAUCCAAUAACUAGUUGAGAAAAAUUGUUAGGAUAUAAUGGAAACCCUACUGCUGAUCCUCACCAAUAAAGAAGUAUCGUGGGAGCUUUACAAUAUGUAGUAAUCACAAGACCAUAAAUAGCAUAUGCCAUUAACAAGGUUUCUCAAUUCAUGCAUAAUCCACUCGAACCUCAUCUGAAAGUGGUAAAGAACAUUUUGAGGUGUCUUAAGGGUACUUUAGACAAUGAAUUACAUCUAAAACCUUGCUCAAAACUGGUUCUCAUAGGCUUUUGUGACGCGGAUUGAGCAUCCGACCCUGAUGAUCGAAGGUCUACAUCAUGUUUUUGUAUUUAUUUAGGGUCCAAUCUCAUCUUUUGGAGAUCUACAAAGCAAAAGACAGUGUCUAGAUCCAGCACUGAAGCUGAAUAUAGGAGCCUUGCCAAUACUACUGCUGAAAUGGUUUGGCUUCAAUCCUUACUUACAGAAGUUGGUCUUUCUCAAUUACUUAUUCCCACAAUUUGGUGUGAUAAUCAAACCACUGUACAGUACUAAUAUCUGCCAAUCAUGUGCUUCACUCCAGAACCAAGCACAUUGAGUUUGAUUUAUACUUUGUGUGUGAAAUCACUAGCUUUAUGUCAAGCAUACUCCUGCUCAAGAUCAAAUUGCAGAUACCCUCACUAAAGCUCUGUCUACUUCUCGUUUUGCAUACUUAAGAGACAAACUGAGUUUGGUCUCUUUGUCCCAGCUCAAUUUGCGCGGAGGUGUUAAGUAGACAGUUAGCUAACUCAUGUUAGUUAAGAAAUUUGUUAUGUGUCGUUGUAUUCUUUUACUGUUUUCAGUUGUAGUUAGUUAAAGUUAUUUCAUUCAAUAUUCAAUAACAAGUUUCUUCUUACUCUCUCUCAAUAUUCAACAAUACACCCCAAACAGUAACUCACAAUAUAUAUAAGGUUGUAGGAAUGGCAAUUUGGGCCAUUUUCGCAGGCCGGGCCGGGCCCCGACUCGACAUGUCGAUUUUGGCCCGAUUAUAUUAGGUUAUUAUCGAGCUUCAAGCCCGGCCGGACCCAGCCCGAUAUAUAUUAUUUCGGGUCGGGCCGAUUUUAGAUUUUUUUUUAAGACCUAAAUCCCUUAAAAAAGAACCAUUCCCAAAUUCUACAGACCUAAAUCGACUCUUCCGUUUUCUAUCCAGUUUUUCUCCCGUUUUCUAUCUCUCCGAUCUCUGUUCCAUCGAAAAUCUUAUUCGUUGAUGAUUUUGGUUAUAUAUCUUGAUGGGCAUCUGGGAUAGUUGAAGCUCUCAAAAUCCAAAGGCUUUUCUGCAAGGGGGUGUUGGUUUCUGCUGGCAAGAAGAGAAGAUAAAGAUUUAAGGUAUUAAUUAAAUUUCUGGUUUUUAUAACGUUAUAAUUGAAUCAUCUGAUGAAAAUCCAAGCUCUGGCAUCAGUACUUUUGACUCAACCUUGUCCAAGUCAACAGCCUGUACAGUACUAUCAUCUAUCAACUAUCUUAAUUGCAUCUUUGCUAAUAUUCUUUUACUUUUUUGUUUGUUUUUUCUAAAUUGUUUGAUAAUGGAAAGUGAUCUCUCCUAUAUAUAACACAAUAUCUAUGUAUAUAUAAUGUGUGAACUUAAUGGGAUCCCAGUUUUAAUGUCUUAUUCAAUAAUUCAUUAGUUUUCAAAAUAUAUGUAUGUAUACUAUUAACAUUAAAAUCAAGGGAAACAAAGAAUUUGUGGUUGAAAAUUUAUAGCUAUUAUAAUUGAAUUUCACAUUUCAAUAUAUAGUACUAUUUUUUAAAAAUAAAUAAACUGAUUUGUAAAAUAAUAAUAAUAAAAAAAAAAAAAAAGGGCCGGGUCUAACCUGGUCCGAUUAUCUCAGGUCGGGCUUAACCUGCUAGGCCAAAGGAAGAAAUUGCGCUGGAUCGGGCCGGGUCGGGCCCGCCCGGCCCGAUUGACAUUCCUAUAAGGCUGCUCUGGACACUGCAGCAGCCAUGGUCGUCUCCGAGUUCAAUUAUACAUGCUCACUAAUAUGUAGCAGAUCCCAAAAUAAGAUUAUUUUCUUCUUAAUUUACACACACGAUAGGAAACAUGACACUUUGAGUUAAAAUAGAAAAGCCUUCAAUUAAUUAUCUGUACAGGGUGUGCUCAAAUUAUAAAACAAAAAAUAGCCCAUGGGCGACUAUAGUUUCCAAUCCAUCACUGCCUUCUGGAAAUAGUACUGAGCUUUGGGACAGCCAAUAUAUUUAUUUAUUUAUUUCUAUAAAAUAUUUUCAUAAUAAAGUAACCACUUCCCUAGCCUCUUGACAUCUGAUGACAUAUUCGUAAAAAAUAGGGGGCCACUACUUAGCAAGCAAUUAUUUCUGUAUAUAGCCGCCUGAAUAGUGACUCCCCUGCUAAUAUAUGAAUUAAAUAUGAUUAACGGAAUGCUUUUCUAUAAAACAAUGAUAUUUAUCGCAUUUAUUAGUUACUAAUAUGCCUUGUGUCCCACACGAGCAAUCAGUUAAUCAGUCUGAAGUAAUAAAACAGAGGUACUCUAUGAAGCAAGUCAUAUAUAAAUUGCCUAAGUCAUAUACUUUGCUGUUCAAGAAAACCACAAGAUGAUAAUAUCGGAAGUUGUGAUGAAGCUAUUUCAAGCUACCCUUAUAACGUGUUUGACCAUCAAUAUCUCAAAUACACUAGCAACGAUCACCCCAAAUCCCAACUGCCCCAUGAACUGCGGCAACGUUAGCAUCCCAUUUCCAUUCGGAAUCGGCCCAGAUUGUUCUAUUAACAAAUGGUUCGAAAUCGUCUGCAAAAACGUCUAUGGUUCUCAGACACCUUUCCUCAAACAGGUAACAGACUUAAAGGUUCUGAAGAUUUCAAUUGAAGAGUCCACGCUGCUGACAGAAAACCCCAUCAAUUUCUUCAAUUGCUCAGAUAAGAAAAGCCCAAUUGAGAGCAAUCUGCUUCCCCCAGCAAAUCUGACGCUGAGCCCAUUUUCCUACUCCGACAGCAAGAACAGACUCACAUCCGUGGGCUGCGAUGUCUUUGCCUACAUAGAUUCUAUACCCGAUAACAAGAUUUUUCAGGCAGUUGGGUGUACAGCUGAGUGCGCUGCUAAUAUGAAUAAUAUUUCCUUAAGUACAGAUAGUGAUAAUAGCAAUAAUAACUCCUAUGGUGGCGGCUGUUAUGGAAGGAACUGCUGCCAGACCAUUAUUCCCUCUUACCUAGAAAGCUACGAAAUAGAGAUCAAUCGAUUCAAUUCGAACAAUAAGAAUUGUAGCUAUGCGUUCGUGGUAGACAAUGAUUGGUUAUCUAAUGUGAGUUUGAGUGUUGUUAGAAACAUGGAUUACGUUCCAGUGACUCUAGACUGGGACAUCUUAGAAUACCUUAACGAAUUCAAGAAUAUGAGUUCACCUUUAAAACCAAAGUACUCCCAUUGCUAUUCGGAAGGAGCUAAGUCAUCUAUAACCAAAGAUCGGCUUCGUUGUAUGUGCAAGGAGGGAUAUCGUGGAAAUCCUUAUCUUUUUAUGGGCUGUCAAGAUAUUGAUGAAUGCGUUGAGAAUCCAAGACCAUGUCUAGAUGAUCAAGUUUGUGAGAACACUAUUGGUAGUCAUAGUUGUAAAUACAAAACAGUACACAAAAUCCGUCCAAUCCUCAUAGGAGUUAGCAGUGGAAUUGGAGCAUUACUUUCAGCAUUUAGUGGAUUAGUCUUAUACAAGUUAAUAAAGAGAAGAGAAGACACCAAACGUAGGAAAAAAUUCUUUAAAUUAAAUGGUGGAUUGUUAUUACAACAACAAACUAUCACCUCUGUUAAACUAGAAGCCAUUAAUGUUGAUCAUAAAACCAAACUGUUCAACUCAAAGGAGUUAGAAAAAGCUACAGAUCAUUACAAUGCAAACAGAGUUUUAGGCCAAGGAGGCCAAGGAACUGUCUACAAAGGAAUGUUAGAAGAUGGAAAAAUUGUUGCUGUAAAGAAAUCUAAAUUAGGAAACAAGGGUCAAGUCACAGAAUUUAUUAAUGAAGUUUUCGUUCUUUCACAAAUCAAUCACAGGAAUGUGGUCAAAUUAUUAGGUUGUUGCUUAGAGACAGAGGUUCCUCUUCUAGUUUACGAAUUCAUACCCAAUGGAACACUUUAUCAUUAUCUCCAUGACCCAAAUGAAGAGUUUCAACUUACAUGGGAAAUGCGCUUACGAAUUGCUACAGAAGUUUCAGGAGCUCUUUUCUAUUUGCACUCUGCUGCUUCUGUUCCUAUUUAUCAUCGAGAUAUUAAAUCCACAAACAUACUUUUAGAUGAAAAGUAUCGAGCAAAAGUGGCAGAUUUUGGAACUUCGAGGUCAUUAUCAGAAAAUCAGACACAUUUAACAACUUUAGUAUCUGGAACAUUUGGUUAUAUGGAUCCUGAAUAUUUUCGUUCAAACCAAUUUACUGAGAAGAGUGAUGUUUAUAGUUUUGGUGUCGUUAUUGUUGAACUAUUAUCUGGUCAAAAGCCGGUAUCUCGGACAAGUUCAAGAAAAGGUAGUAUGAGUGUAGUGACUUACUUCAUUGAGUGUAUGGAGGCAAACAAUCUUCUUGAAAUUGUUGACCCUGCAAUAAUUAAGGAAGGAUGUAAUUUUGAAUCGUUGAAGAUGGUUGCUAAUCUUGCUUAUAGAUGUUUGAGUUUGGCUGGAAAGAAUCGACCUGCGAUGAAAGAAAUAGCCAUUGAGUUAGAGAACGUACUAAAAUCUCAUGCCUCCACUACAUUAAUUGGAUCAAGUUCAUGUAUCCCUUCUUUAUGUGUAACACGAUCCUUAGAUGAAGAGACAAUAUCCUCAUUCACUACUUGAAUUUGAUCGUUCUAUGUAUUACAAUAAAUAUAUAAUGUUUUAUUUUUGUUUUGGUGAAUUGCACAUAUUUAAGAUGAUGACGGAUGUGAGGUGUUGUAACUGUAUGAAGCUAUAUUUAUUAUAAUAAUAGUUUAUUUUGAUUAAUUUAUAGGAGAAUAAUUUUAUGUACCA